AUGUGCUAUGAUGCUGCGCAGGGAGGAAAUUUGGAGUGUCUCAAAUAUGCCCAUGAGAAUGGUUGUCCAUUGGAUAAAAACACAUGCCUAAUGGCAGCACGAAAUGGACAGUUGGAUUGUCUCAAAUAUGCCCAUGAGAAUGGAUGCCCAUGGCAUGAAAGCAGGUACAACACGGCGGCUAGAAAUGGUCACCUCGAUGUACUCAAAUAUGCCCAUGAGAAUGGCUGUCCAUGGGAGGAAGAAACAUGCACUAGUGCUGCCAGCAAGGGCCAUCUGGAUGUACUCAAAUACGCCCAUGAGAAUGACUGUCCAUGGGAUGAAAGUACAUGCUCUGCUACUGCUUUGUAUGGCGCUCUAGAUGUUCUCCGAUAUGCCCAUGAGAAUGGAUGUCCCUGGCAUGAAAAAACCUGCUCGAAUGCUGCUUGCCUGGGCCAUCUAGAUGUACUCAAAUAUGCAGUGGAAAAUGGCUGUCCAUGGGAUGAAAACACCUGCUCUGGUGCUGCCGGCCGGGGCCGUCUAGAUGUACUCAAAUAUGCAGUGGAGAAUGGCUGCCCCUGGAAUGAAGGCAACUGGUGCGGGGAAGUACUGGACAGGUGUUGGCUUGGGUUCAAGAACUUCUUAUCUCAGAGGAAUGAAUGA